AUGCCAUCUCGAGAGUCCUAUGAUGUUCAAAAGAAAGAGAAGCCUCUGGUGCAAAAGGCCAAGAGAGAGGCCAGUCAGGAGGACAUUCUGGCUGCGGCUCUGGGAAUGAGGAUGGGGCCACAGAAACCUUCAGCCACUUUUUGGCAACCACUUAAACUAUUAGCCUACUCACAGUUCACCUCACUGGUGCGCAGAGCCACACUGAAGGAGGAUAACCGGGAGCCCAGGUCUGAGAAAGUCCACAACUUUAAGGUUCACACCUUCCGGGGGCCUCACUGGUGCGAACACUGUGCUAGAUUCAUGUGGGGAGUGAUGGCUCAGGGGGUCAAAUGUGCAGACUGUGGUAUGAAUGUUCACAAAGAGUGCUCGGCUCAGGUACCCGACGACUGCAAGCCCAACCUGAGACACAUCCGCAAGGUUUACAGCUGCGACCUCACAACAUUGGUAAAGGCCUACAACACAGCCCGGCCCAUGGUGGUGGACAUGUGCAUACGAGAAAUCGAGUCCAGAGGACUGAGAUCAGAGGGCCUCUACAGGAUAUCUGGGUUCAGUGAUUCAGUGGAAGAAGUCAAGAUGGGAUUUGAUAAAGAUGGAGAGAAGACAGAUAUCUCAGUGAAUGCCUAUGAAGACAUCAAUAUCAUCACAAGUGCACUGAAGCUAUAUCUCAGGGAUUUGCCUGUUCCUGUGAUCUCCUACGACGCUUACCCCAGGUUCAUCGAGGCCACAAAGUUCACAGAUCCUGAAAAGAAGCUUGAGGCUUUCCGGGAGGCUCUCGCUCUGCUGCCACCAUCACACAAGGAAACUCUCAAGUACCUCAUGGCCCAUUUAAAAAGGGUUACACAGAAUGAGAAAUUUAACCUGAUGAGUGCGGAAAACCUCGGUAUUGUCUUUGGCCCCACUCUCAUGCGUGCACCCAACCAGGAUGCCAUGACAGCACUGAACGACGUCCGCUACCAGAGGCAGGUGGUGGAGGUCCUCAUCAAAAACGAAGAUGUGCUCUUUUAAGCUCUAAACAGGACAUUUGAGACAACAUUUUGCAACUUCUCUUUUGUGUAAAGACUUAUUUUGUAUCAUAGUGAUGGGUACUUUUUGAAAUGCCUUGCAUAUGGACUAACAUCUGGUUGCAGAUUAUGCACACUACACCUAUUUCCUGACUCCCCAUUUUUGUCGGGGUUGCUUUAGAAGUUGAUAGACCAGCAUGCAUGGUGCAAGGUCUCUUUUGACUUGUUGUAAUUUAGCACGUGUUCAGACUGUGAUUUUGCUUUAGUCGUGUAGUAAGUAAUUAUUAUCCAUGUUCCUUUUUACAUACUUUGCAGUUAUUUUUGUGAAACGUUAUACAUCUGGAUGUAUGAAUAAGCUACUAAAUUUUCUUAGGUGAUUUUUUUAUGAUGCUGUAUUUUUUUAUCUCCUUGAUCGUUUGUAAGUGAUCCACAGUUCUUAGUUGAAUCUACUUUUUGUCUGUAAACACUGGUGCAUUUGCCUGACAGUUAACGGUGUUAUUGUGCUAUAAAAAAAAAAAAACUUUUUGUGAAAUUAAUUUUGUACUGUAAUGUUUUCUAUACAACCUUUGCAUGAUCACUUUAAUUUAUUAAACCACACUUUGACAAACUC